AUGUCCCUAAGUAUUGAUGAUGCUAUUAGAAAAAAUAUAACGUGGAAAGAGUUACCACAAGAAUUGAUAGCAUUAUUGGGUGGUUCUCAAAAAGAAUAUGAUAAAUUAGUUCUUGAUUUUUCUGUAAAAAAUCAACUAAGGUUUAAGGGAAAUCUUGUUGAAAAACAAGGAAAAAAUGAGGAUGGUUAUUAUGAUGUGGUUGCUAAUUAUAGUCAAAAAUAUUUAAUGUUAUAUCCUUAUCAUUUAUCAAAUAUUUAUGUUUCAAAAAGUAUAACACCUUUUAUUUAUUAUUCACAAAUGAUAGAAGAUACUAUAAGAACAGAAAGAUCAUAUGAUUCAUUGCCAAAUUUUACUGCCGCAGAUGUUUUAAGAUUAUUUGGAAUUGGUCGAAAUGAGUAUAUGGAUUUAGUUUAUCAAACAAAAUCUAAAAGUGGUAUUUUUAGAAGAAAAACAAAUAUUAAAGAUUUAUUACCACAAAAACCAAUUAAUAUUUUAAUUGAACCAUGGUUUAUGAUUGAACUUGGUGUAGUACAUGAUUCAGAAUUAAAAACACUUGCAAAAAAAGAAAGAGAUGUAAUGGAUUUAAUACUUGAUGGUGGUUCACAAUUAGCAGGAACAUUAGAUAAAUCUGUUCUUCAAAUUUUAUAUCAAAAAAGUAUGAUAUAUUUAAGUGUACCAAUACAAAAUGAAGAUUAUGUAUAUGUACCACCAUUAGAUGGUUUUGUAAUGAAUCGUGUAACAGGAGAUUGUAUAGAAACACUUCUUUAUAAAAUUUUUGUUGCUCUUGAUGAACAAACGACAGUUAAAGAAUUAUCUGAAGUGUUAGAUGUUGAUUUACAACUUGUAAAAAAUGCUAUUUCUGUUUUUUGUCGUUUAGGUUUUGCUAAAAAACGUGUUACUGGUCUUGAAAAUUUUGCACUUCAUAAAACGUGGGCUGAUUAUAUGGUAUUUAAUGACAUUGUUACUUCUCCUACUGUUGAAACAUUAUCAACAAGUUCCACAAUAUUUGAUCUAUCAGAAUUAACUAAUUCACUUGUAUCUCCAGGUACCACAGAGUUUGAUGAUGAUGAUUUAGUAGCUGAAAUUGAGCAACAUCUUCCACAUUCCAGUAAUAAUACUAAAAGUAUUGCAAAUUCACUUUCUUCACCAGGAAAUAAUAUUUCUGGUUCAAGUUCUGAUUCCUCCAAAAGAAUAGGUUUUAUCUUUGAUUCAACUUUAACUGCUUUUCUUAUGAUGGGAAAUUUAUCAGCAUCCCUAAAACAUCAUGCUGUAACUUUAUUUGAAGUUGGUAGAUUAACAGAUGAAGCAGUGGGAAGUUUUGUUGAUGAACUUGAAAAUGUUAAUUUUUUUUCUGAAGGUGAGGCACAACAUUACUCAGUACAUGCAAAAACAUUAAGACAAACUAUUAUAAAAUUACGUGAAAUGGGUGAAAUAGAUUUGUUGCGUGGUGAAUCACUUUUAUCAUUAGAUAAAAAUGUUCGAAAAAAAAUGAUGGAAAAAAGUUAUAAAUUGGUAGUUACAAUGGGACCAUUAAGUACGGAGGCCUGUUCAAUACCAUUACUUUCUAUUCCAUAUUUUGGUGCACCAACAGUUACCUUUUUAUCACCAUGGUUUAAACUUCAUAUUUAUGAAUUAUCUAAAAAUGGUCCACCUUCAUUAUGGAUACCAAUGGGUGAAAGAUUAACAAAAAUUCCAAAUGAAUUUGUUCAUUAUAAAAAAUUAAUUGUUUACUCAAGUACACAUGAACCAAGUAUAGUUUCUGUUGAGAAAUGUUUAGCUUCAAUUAAUGAUUCUCUAACUACAGCACCAGUUAUGAUACAAGCUUAUAGUGAUAUUGUUGAUGAUUCUGAAAUAGUUUUAGUUCCAUUUCCAUUUGAAAAAACAAAUAGAUCAAAAAGUUUUGAAAAUCAUCCAAGUAUAAUUAAAUUAUGUAAUGAAUUAAAUUUAAAUACAUUAUGUGGUUAUAUAGUUCUCCUUCAAUUAACAAAUUUUGAUACAAAAGAAAAUAUUUCUAUAGAUGAAGAUAAUAUAAAUAUAUCUAUUGAAUCAAAAUCAUCAACUCAAUCAACACCUACACAUAUAUUUGAGAGAAACAAUAAAAAUUCAAUAAUUAAUAAAGAUCCCAGAAGAGUAUAUAAUUGCAAAGAUUUAUUAAAUGAUAAUGAAAGAUUUGAAGAUUUUGUAAUAUUUGAUAUUGUAUUUGGUGUUCCAUUAUUUAAUGAAAAAUUAAAUGAAAUAAUUUUUGAUAGGAUUAAGGAAAAAAAUGUUUUUAAUGAUCCACAAAAUUCAAUAGGUUUUGAAUUUAUUUUACAAAAUCAAAUAACUUCAAUAAAAGAAAUGUUUAAUCGUUUUCAUGUUUCUAAAUCAGAGGUUCCUUUCAAUCGAUCUGAAACAAAUGAAAUACCAUUUCCUGUAAAAAAAUUAUUCUUCAAUAAUACAGUUGGCAGCUUAAAUAUUUACUAA